UGAGAGAGAGAUUUUGAACUGGGUCUUGUGACUUUUUGCCACUGCGUUGCUUUUGGUGUGGCCAGCUCGUUGUGGCAAAAACAGUGGAGUGAAAGUAGUAGGCUAAGAGGAGAUACACUAAUAGAGUCACAAGGCAGGACAAUGAGGAACUGUGUGUGGGGCUGCUGGAGUCGCCGGGGGAGGUUUGCUACAUUUACUUUGAACUUUUUCCUGCCAGACCACUACGGCUACUUAUUUCAUUUCUUUUAGAUUGGAGACAUCUCUUCUCGGACAAUACACUCUGCUAUUAAUGUAUUUGUAAUUUUUUAACUUUAAACCCUAAAACGUUCAUUUUAAAUGCUAUGUCUGUUCCAGCAGAAUACAUUAAGGAUAAAGUGCUUUCUCGUGGCACAUGCUCAGUGGAGUUUAAGCCCCCAGGAAUAUUUUGUUUUGUGUGGCCCUGUUGUAUUGCUCUCCUUCCCACCCCUGAAAGGAAAGCAUUGUGACUUUUUUCUUUUCCUGAUUGCUUAGGUCUCAACAGAACCACUCCGACAGCAUUCUUUAAGAAAAGAGGAACUUCUUUUUUUAAAUUUUUUUUUUUAUUUUUUUAUCUCUGUUGUCCUGUCAUCGUGGCGGGUGUUCAGCUCGGCAGCUAUGUUCAAGUUUAGAGAACGUUUUGGAGAGUGAUCGCUGAACGUAUUUGAAAAAGAGUUGAGAACAUUUUGAGAAGUCCGAUUUUAACUCUGAAGUGGGAGUUUAUUCGAAGCUUUUGUCAGAAGAGGUACAUGGUGAUGUAUAGCCGUAUUCUUCAUCUCGAGCUCAAUGGGUCAUCACUAGCUGUGCUCCCACGCUCCGACCGUCACCAGGCUACGAGGGAUGGUGAAUUCUCUGAAAAAGAAAAUGAGUUCCGGGGCGAGCUGGUGAACCAGCGGUGGACACGAGGCGAGAGGACCAGCAGCCGCUGCCAGGCCUCCCAGAGACUGCAGAGCCGUCGACCAAUCAUGAUGAGUGUAGAGGGUGACGACAAGCGAACUCGCACUCGGUCCAAGGGAAUCAGAGUUCCUAUUGAGCUCGUAGGACAAGAGCUGAGCUGCCCCACCCCUGGAUGCAAUGGCUCUGGCCAUAUCAGUGGGAGAUACUCACGACACAGAAGCAUUCUGGGUUGCCCCAUAGCCAGAAAGCGCCGUCUAGAGGAAGCAGAGGCCGAGCAGGAGCACGAGCAGGACGCAGAGCAUCCUGCCUCCAAGAGGAGGUCCCACCCCCUGAAACUGGCCCUGGACGAGGGCUUCAGCGCGGGAAGCGACAGCGGCAGCGAGGCCGAGGGCGAGAAGGAUGGAGAGAAAGCAGGAGAGACCAGGGAGGAGGAGGAGGAGGAGGAGGAAGAGAGGGAGGCUGCUGCAGAGGAGGAGAGACAGGAGAUGACAGAAGACCUGACGCAGGAUGGACAGACAAAUGGACAGGAGGAGACACAGAUGGAGGAGGAAGAGGAGAGGGAAGAAGAAGAGACAUAUCAGAAGGAGGAGAACACAUUCGCAGCUGAUGAAGAGGAGUGUGUGAUCAUCGAGCCUGAGCUCGGAGCAGCGCCGCCCGCAACCAAGAAGUGUCAGUCUCACUCCCAGUGCACCGAAGAGGUGGCCAACUCUCUCCUCCACCUCGGCCGAGUCUCCGACAACAGUGCUCCAACUGUGGCCGUUCAGCAGCCUGUUGCUGUGGAGACGGAGGAGGAUGUCGCUGUGGCAGCGGAACAGGGUGAAGAAGUAAAGGACCAUCAGGAGGGGGACAUGAAUGAGGGGCAAGAGGAGGAGGAGGUGGAACGCAGAGUUCAAGUACUGGAAGAGUCAUCUGUUCUGCAGAAGGAGGCAGCUGAAGUGGAGGAAGAGGAGUUGGAGGAGGAGGAGGAGGAGGAGGAGGAGGUAGAAGAUGAGAAAGAGUGCCCAGCAAGGAGUAACCAUGUGAUCCAGGAGAACCACCAAUAUCUGCCCGAAGAUGUCCGCCAUGAACAAAACAAGGAAGAAGAGGAGGAAGAGGAGGAGGAGGAGGAGGAGGAAGAGAUGGCAGCGCCAGCACAGCAAAGGCGGGGCACUCCAGCAGAAGAAGAGGAGGAUGAAGAGAGAGAUGAAGAGGACCACCGGGAGGUGAACCACAUUCUGCCCAUUUCUGACGCGCCAACUGUCAUCCGCACCAUCACCAGCACCGCCGCAGCUCAGGGAACACACAUCACGGCUGGAGACCACAGGGCCAGUCCUCUGGAGGACUACAACUCACACAGGGCGAGUCCCCUUGAGAACUACAACACCAACAGAGCCAGUCCACUCAACAAAUAUGACUCUCAUAAACCUAGCCCGCUUCAAAACUACAAGGCCAGCCCUCCUUUAAGCUACAGCUCUCACAGGGCCAGUCCGCUGGAGGAAUACAUAACCAGCCUUCGACGAGAGAACUAUAAAAUCCACAAAGCCGCGUCCUCAGCCUCUCCUGACAUUAUCGAGGUGCGAUCAGACAGGUCCGAGGAGAGAGACUUUGACGACGUGGACGGGGACGACGUGGACGGGGACGACGAGCGCGACGACGAAGACAGCCUGUCACAGCGCUCCACGGUGACGGACGAGUCAGAGAUGUUUGACAUUACCCGAGGGAACCUGGGCCUGCUGGAGCAAGCCAUCGCCCUGAAGGCAGAGCAGGUGAAGCCAGCCGGGCCCAGAGAGCUGCUCCGCGCCCCAGAUAUCCACCACCAGCGAUACUUCACCAUGGAUGACAGGCCCAAGCACCUGGACGUCAUCCGCAAGAGCUACUUCAGCAAAGAGAGCAGUAGGCCAGAGAAGAGGGAGAUCAAGUGUCCCACCCCUGGGUGUGAUGGGACGGGUCACGUCACUGGUCUUUACCCCCACCACCGCAGCCUGUCAGGCUGUCCGCACAAGGACAGGAUCCCCCCGGAGAUUCUGGCCAUGCAUGAGAAUGUGCUGAAGUGUCCAACCCCCGGCUGUACCGGUCAGGGCCAUGUUAACAGCAACCGUAACACACAUCGCAGUCUUUCUGGAUGCCCCAUUGCUGCUGCAGAGAAGCUGUCCAAGGGCCACGAUAAGCAGCUUCUCUCUCAGCCAGGCGCCGAGCACCUCAAAGGAAGUCCCAAUGACAGAGUGUUAAGGCCCAUGUGCUUUGUGAAGCAGCUGGAGGUGCCCCAGUAUGGCAGCUACCGGCCCAACAUGGCGCCCGCCACGCCUCGCGCCAACCUGGCCAAGGAGCUGGAGAAGUACUCCAAGGUGUCCUUCGAUUAUGCAGCCUUCGACGCUCAAGUGUUCGGGAAGCGCAUGCUUGCUCCAAAGAUGCCCACCAGCGAAACGUCACCCAAAGCCUUCAAAACUAAGCCCUCAUUCCCCAAGUCCCCGUCGCCCAGCCUCAGUCUCCAUGGUUACGGGAAGAGCUCCUCCUUGGCCUACGACUACUCCCACGAUGCCGAGGCCGCUCACAUGGCUGCCACUGCCAUCCUGAACCUGUCUACACGCUGCUGGGAGAAACCUGAGAACCUCAGCACCAAACCCCCAAACAAGGAAAUAAACAUUGAGGUGGACGAGAACGGCACCCUGGACCUGAGUAUGAAGAAGCCCAUUAAACGUGAGGGCAGUCUGUCCGGCACCAGCCCCGGGGUUCGGUCCCCGGACCCUUCUUCCUCCUCUUCCUCACUCCAUCACGGUGGAAGCAGCGGGAUGACAUCACCAAACCUAAACGCCUACAAGCAGGAGGAGUGGGAGGGACCUCUGGAUUACACCAAACCCAACCGCCAAAGGGAGGAGGAAAUGGACGAGAUGGAGCACACAGGCCAGUCGUUUGUCUCGUCGGACGCAGAGGACUGUGACAUGAUGCAGGACUGUCUGGAAGACAGGAAGUACCCAGGAGAGGUUACGACUCCAAGCUUCAAAGUCAAGUUCCAGCCCAAGGAUAGCAAGAAAGAGCUGCUCUCCUGCCCUACACCUGGUUGUGAUGGCAGUGGUCACAUCACCGGAAACUAUGCGUCCCAUCGCAGUCUGUCUGGGUGUCCUCUCGCUGAUAAGAGCCUUCGGUCCCUCAUGGCGGCCCACACCCCUGAACUCAAAUGCCCCACUCUAGGAUGUGACGGCUCGGGUCACAUCACGGGAAACUACUCCUCCCACAGAAGUCUCUCUGGGUGCCCGCGUGCCAAGAAAAGUGGAAUUAAAACUCCUACCAAGGACAACCAGGAGGACUCCGAGCUUUUAAAAUGCCCAGUGCCGGGCUGUGACAGUUUGGGUCACAUCAGUGGGAAGUACGCCACACACCGAAGCGCCUACGGGUGUCCGCUGGCGGCGCGCAGACAGAAGGAGGGUCACCUGAACGGCACACCCUUCAACUGGAAGGCCUUCAAGACAGAGGGGCCUACCUGUCCCACCCCAGGUUGUGACGGCUCUGGACAUGCUAACGGAAGCUUCCUCACGCACCGCAGCCUCUCAGGAUGUCCCAGAGCCUUGUUCCCAAAGAAGAAGGCCAAGUACCCCUCAGAGGAUUACCUGAGCACCAAGUUCAGGGCCAGUGAUGUUUUGGACAACGAUGAGGACAUCAAGCAGCUCAACAAAGAGAUUAACGACCUCAAUGAAUCCAACAAUGAAAUGGAGGCUGACAUGGUCAACCUGCAGACUCAGAUCUCCUCCAUGGAGAUGAACCUGAAGAGCAUUGAGCACGAGAACAAGAUGAUCGAGGAGCAGAACGAAGCUCUGUUCAUGGAGCUGUCUGGGCUCAGCCGCGCUCUGAUCCGCAGCCUGGCUAAUGUACGCCUGCCACACAUGCAGGGACCAAUCACGGAGCAGAACUUUGACAGCUACGUGAGCACCCUGACCGACAUGUACACCAACAAGGACUGCUUCCAGAGCCCCGAGAACAAAGCUCUGCUGGAGAGCAUCAACAAAGCUGUGAAAGGCAUCAAAGUCUGAGGCUCGACACACACUAACACACAGAAUGCAAAACUGUCCUGAAGCGCUGGCUGGAGCGUGACUGAGGUGGAUAUGGAGGGACGGGGAAGAUGAAGGAGAGAGAUUUUGAAGUACUCUACAAUAUAUUGAAGUAUGAUUCAAAAACAAAAAAAAGGGAAUUCAGGUUAUUUAAAAUAAACGGCAACUUUAAAAAAAAAAAAAAAAAAAAAAAAGAUCAACCCAGGGAGCACUCUGUUAGAAGAAAAGUGACGCGGACCAAAAUCCACACCAUGCUGCUGCCGGGAUUAGGAGGAGGAAACCAGAUCCUUCAGUCAGAAUGGAUGGAAAAGAAGAAUAAUGUUACUAGAAACAGUAUCUGGGUUUUUUUUUUUUUUAAUAUGCUGUGUUGUUUACCUGUUGUCUCUCUUUUGUGUCCUGAACUGUUUUUGGAGAGGGGGUUUCACUGUCGAGCGGCCGAUCCGUUUUUUUCACGCUUCGUAUCAACUGAAACACGGAAGGAACGCAAACACGGGAUUGCUUACAGGAGCUUGGCGACAUGAAGAGGAGGACACGGAUGAAUUGAAGACUCUCAGUGCUGUCCUGUAGCACACACAGGACAUUGUGUGUGUGUGUGUGUGUGUGUGUGUGUGUGUGUGUCCUGUGUAUGUGUGUGUGUGUGUGUGUGUACACCGACUCCAGAUGCUCUCUGAUUCACGGCCACACACGCACACCUCGGCAUUAUGACGCAAGCGCUACACUGAAUUUGUAUUUGCUUUGUGGUAUUACUGCGGCAAAAGAUGUCAACAGUGCAAUGUUGACUCAGUUUUUUGGGGGGGGGGGGGAUCUUCAAGCAAGGUCACGAAACAGAUCCAGGAACAGUGUAGGUUGUUUAUUUUUCAUGGGACAGCUGAUAUGAUUUAAAAAGAAGCAAAUGAAAUCCUUUUAUUCCUUUUUUUUUUUUUUAACUGAAAUGAUAAUAGUAAUAGUGUGCACACAUUUCAAAUUCAGUUAGUCAUAUCAAUAGUAUUUAUCAACAUAGGAAUUGCACUUCAUUUCAAUGAAUAGUUUUGUGGUACAAUAAUGAUUGUUAUAUAUGAAUUAUUUAAACUUGUGAACUUUUAAAUUGUAACUUAUUGCCAUUUAUGUUAUUGAGGUUUAUUUAUUUGAAGUAAUCUAUUUAUUAACUUUGUUUUGUAAGACACACACACAAGAAAGCAUCCUUAUUGAUUAUUGUGGUCAAAGCGAUUUGCAGAUGUCGUAUGUCAAUAUUUUAAGAAUCUAUAUAGAUAACUGACGAGGCAUAUUUUGUUUUGAGUACUUUUUAAAAAACCUUUUUAAGUGCAGAUGUUUUAUAACUGACAAAAUCUUUUGAUAAUUUUACAAAAAAAAAAAUCUUAUCUUUUGGGGUUAUUCUUGUUUUUCUCCUCUUUGUUUAUGUUCUUUCUGUUAACUGCUACAUUCAGAAACCCACUGCUGAGGGGGGGGGGGGGGGAAAGAAAGUAUGUAUUUAUUAUUUAUUUAAUAUGAAAGAAAUUGACUGAUAUGGCUGUAUAUUUAUUUUGUUAUUUAUUUGCGUGAUGUGACGGUUGAGUCUGAGUAGUCUCAAAGAUCCACUGCUAAUAUUUAAAUAAAGAAACAAAAUCCAUACAAAUACUGUUUGAUUACUUAGGCUUUUACCUAGACAUACCAGCAGCUGAUUGUAAAGACAAACAGUAACCCAACAAAAGCAAUCACUGUUCUGUUGCUAUCUGGUCUCUGUGCAUUUGCUUUUGUCAGGUAAAAGAAAACCAGGAACAGUUAAAAAGUUAAAAAAUGUUACCUCUCCCGAGCGCUUUGUAGCAGCCAGCACUGGCUCACCCAAAACCUCUGUAAUGUACCAUAGAUGCUUAAGUCUUAUUUAUUAUUUUCAUCAGCACAAUGGUACAUAUAUAGAGCUCUAUUGCAGCAGUGGUUCAGGCUGGAUGUAUGGGUCUAAAACACACACACACACACACACACACACACACACACACACACAGGAUAUAGGAUGGCCUCCUUUGACAAACGUCUAUCAGAUAAACAUACACACCCUUGUAGCCUUACUCUAGAUUUUAAUUUUUUGACGCACAAAGUGCCACUAAAAAAGAAAAAAUGAAAAAAAAGAACUUUCUUUCCUGAUUCUUCGCAUUUCUGCAAUGUAACAAUGUCUGGUCCCAGGAAGACCACGGCAUCAAGAGAGUGGUGAUUGUUUCAGAUGCCUUUAUUUCUCCGCCAAGAUGGCCAUUAGUACAGUAAAUAUACAUUCUGUAUAAAUAGAUUUUAAAGAUGCUAUAUAUAUGAAUAUAAACAUACAUAUAUUUUUCCAGUGUAAUUGUUGACUUGCUCUUCUUCUUCUCUUGUAUUACCUUAACAAAGGAUCACUAGCUGUCUAGAAGAGAUGUGAGGGGUGUUAUCAAUAGGAGGCAGUUACACCUUAUUUAAUAUCACUAAGACCUGCUCAACUGUGGCUUUAAACAUACCAUUCACUCAAACUGAAGGCAAAGUAGGCAUUAUUGAUGAUACGGUACAAUACUUUGGAAGUGUUUUCAUUGUAGGUUUCCUUUUUUUUUUUUUUUUUUUUUAAAUCCCCAUUUCCUGUAUUUGUCUGUCCUUAAUCCAGAAAUGUCAAAAACUGUAUGUUGUACUACUGAAUCUGAGAAAUAACUGUCAAUUUGAAACUAGAUGGUUGGCUCUUUGUUCCUAAAUGUCAUGUGAGUUCAUGUAUAGUAAAAAAAAAAAAAAAAGAUGAUGCCUCUGAAUAAUGUUCUGCACAUAGUGUUUGGCAACAUUGUGCAGUUAUUGUAUUGUUACUAGUAAAGCCUGCUUGCUAUGAGCCCAUUCUCUCUAAUGUUGAGUCGAACAAGUAGGAGACUUUAGUGUAACCUGCCUUUGAGUGAUUUGUUGCAGCUACUGUGGUGUACAGUAUGAAACCCUUGUGUAACUCUGAUGUCAAAGGCAUGUUGUAAAUGUGCUCUUAGCCAAUGUAGAAUGAAACUCCUUUUGUGCACUUUCGGAAUAACCGUUGAAAAUGCCAGCAUUUGAGUCUCGACUUGUAAGAAACCCAGUAGAUCACGAGCAAUAGCAAGUACUCACCUCCACUGGAGGGCGCAUUGCAAAGCAUUGUCACACCUGUUUGUUGCUGUUCCCGUAGAAAACAACCUGUACAUUAUGUCACAUAAAGGCAUAUCUGUGAUUCAGGGGGUUCGGCUCGGGAAUGUAGAAAAGGGAAGCUGUACUUUCUUUUCCAAACAAAAAACGAAAACAAAAGAGAUUGACAGGAAGCGGAGUUUGGUUCUCAGGUCACCGGGGAGAGCUGCUUAAGCAGAACAGAGCAAUGCCAUAGGUCGGCCAGUUAGCUGAGGCUAGAGGCGAUGGCAGCGGCCGGAUCAAGGCCUCCUGCGAAACGAGAUGAGUGUGUGGGAGUGGGAAAUUGAUUUGCCAGGCAACACAAUCUCCCCUUGUUUUAGGAGGAGGCGUUUGUUGCAUAAAUAUGUGUCCAUCACUCAAAAGGAAUGUCAAAGCUUUUUUAUGACUUUUAACCCCCAACCCCAUCCCACCCCACCCCCCUUCCCCAUGUCUUGUGUAACCUUUCCUCAGGAAAGAUCAUGUUGAUGCAUUUGGUUAACAAAGUAGUAUGUUCUUCCUCUCUUGAAAAUGCACGAGAAUACUACCCGAGAGUGUUAAGACUGUGAAUAUUCUCCUAACUUAUUUAUUAUGUCAUGAUCCCUUUUAAACUGCUUGAUAAAAUUGUCUACCGAGGUAUGUAAAUGAAUAACACUGAGGCCAUGACACUAUGGCAUUUUCAAAAAAAAAAAUGUCAGCUGAGAAAGCAAAUGCAGCCUACGGUUGGUUCUGCGCCCACACACUGUUCUCCUUUUUACAGUGUUGUACUGAGUGAUGGAGUGUUGUGGAGUUGUAUUAUUCUAAAUAGCAAAGAAAUUGGAAAACAAACUUCAUCGGGGCCCAGUUUCCCUAGAGCACCUGGAAUGAAAACAAAUUUAACAUGAUGACACUUUUCAGGAAAAAAAAACAGCCCAGACCAAAAUCCAGCUGUGUGUUUAAGAGGGAAGGGGGGGGGGGUCACACCUUUGCAUCCUGGUUUCAUGUUAGGUACAGAUGUUUGUUUGCCAAGAGCAGAAUGGUCACACUUUGACACACACACCACGUAGAAAACGACUCAUAAUAAGAUAGAACUGUCUAGUUGAGUGGCACUUUUCACCAAGCUGAGCAAAACCAAAAGCCUCCAAACCACCCCCUGCCACCCAUCCCCAACUCCCCUCCCUGAAACGCCCCCUGCUGUAGUUACAAGCCGUGUGGUCUUAUCAUGUGUGCCUUUCUCACUUCACCCAUUUCAAGAUAUGGUAUGUUUACACUUGGCAAACCUAGUUCAAAUAGUGUUGACAACAUUUGGUCUGCAUCUCUAACCCAAAACUGUCGGGAAACCUGGGGGGAGGGUGUGUGUGUGUGUGUGUGUGUGUGUGUGUGUGUGGGGGGGGGGUUACUAUGUAUAGGGAAAUAAAAUAAAUGUCUUUUUACAUGCAAGUAGAGGCCAUUUUGUGACAGAGAUACAAACGAACAAGCUUCUGUUAGGAAAACAAAGAAACUGUGAUCUCAUUCUGUCGAUUCAGGUACCCAACUGCAUGACCAGUUUCUGUGAAGGAAAUCUGAAGAGCAUCAUCAUCAUCAUCAUCAUCAUCAUCAUCAUCGUCGUCAUCCCUAGAUAAUGCAUCAGUGUGCAGGGCGUUAUUUUGAAACGUGGAAGUCUCUGUACAUAUUUGUAUUAAGAAGAAACAGUGUUAUUGUUGUUGUAUUGAAGACAAGUUUAAAAUGGCAAAAAAAAAGAGAAAAGUUUGUGACAAAGAAAAAAAAAAUCCACAGCCAAGGGUUGUCCUGCUAGCACAUUUUUACAGAGAUGAGCUAUUUUUACUGGUGAUUUUCUAGGCACUGAUAUUGAUAUCCUUUUAAAAAAGUUACAAAACUUCCAAAAUUACAAGCACUUCCACAAGGAUAGAUUGUAUGGUAAUUUUUGUUACUUUUGUAGAUGUGGUCGUUCCUUUACUACUGCACCGUUUUGUAAAGUGGGACAGGCCUUGGCUGUGUGUCCUCGGGGUCUCAUGAUGUUUUUGUUGGGUUUUCUGUUUUUUUGAUUGGGAAGUAAAACACUGUAGAUGGGCCGAAUUUGUGACUGUGUGUUUGUGUACUUGUGUACAUGUUCCCCUGUUCCUGUGUCAGUGUUAUAAACCAGAGAAGUGAUGUCAGUUAUUGUGGGGGUAUGAACCAUUUUAAAUGUUCUCUAUGAAAAACACAAAUAAAGAAUCAUAGACAA